AUGUUGACUGUGUUCGUACCAAAAAUCUCGGAUGCCAUUAAAAUAAGUGAUCUUCUGAAAGUUGAUCCAUUGAAAGCCUGUGAAUAUUUCAACAAGUGUUUCGAGGAUCCGUCAACUUUCUCCAUUGUGAUUGUCGGGAAUAUUGAUCCCUCUAUAGCACUUCCUCUUAUAUUGCAGUAUUUGGUGAGCAAAAAUUCCUUGGGUGGGAUACCAAAGCCUCCUGAACCGCUCCUACAAUUUAAUCGCGAUGACCUCAUAGGACUACCAUUCACUUUUCCUAAAACCAGAAUAAGAGAAGUGGUUCGCAGCCCGAUGGUGGAAGAACAAUGUUCUGUCCAAUUGUGCUUCCCUGUGGAACUGAAAAAUGGAACCAUGGUAGAAGACAUUCACAUUGUUGGAUUCCUGAGCAAACUUCUUGAAACAAAAAUUAUGCAGGUUCUACGAUUCAAACAUGGACAGGUACAUCUACAUGUAUGUGUUUCUGUAUUUCUUGGCGGCAAUAAGCCUUCCAGAACUGCAAAUGUUCGUGGUGAUAAAAGCAUAAACUUUUCUUCUGAUCCAGAAAUCUCGUCAAAGCUGGUCGAUCUUACUCUGGAUGAAAUAUUACGUCUCCAAGAGGAAGGGCCGUCAGAUGAGGAUGUCCCAACCAUCCUUGAUAUUGAGCAAAGAGCCCACGAAAAUGGGCUUCAAGAGAAUCACUACUGGUUGGACAGGAUUUUACACAGUUAUCAGUCAAGAGACUGCUCCGGUGAUGUUGGCACUUGUUUUGGUUUGUUGCUUUAACUCAAAAAACAGUACACUGUAGUGGUCUCAAUGCCCUGUACAUCUCGCUUUAACUCACUAAAAUCGUUCUUCGAAUCUACUCAAACCAGUCAUCAAACACAUACUAAGAUUUUAGUCAGCCCUGCUGGUCUCGCGGUCUUGGGUCCUAGCUUAUGGAAAUAUUCACGACGCACCCUAAACUCGUAG